AUGGAUUUAUCUUCAGCUACCACGGAAAUAUCCUUGGAGCUGGAAAAUCCAGAAGUGGUUAUUAAGUCCAUUCCAGGUGAUACAUGGGUCGAUAAGCUGCGAAAUUCAUUCACAGAAGCUGAUUUAAACCAUGAUAAUCAGCUUUCUUUUUCUGAAUGGAUGCAAAGCAGAAUCAGAUAUCUUUUGUCACAAGAACCAUUAUCAGAUACAGAUUUUGCAGCCUUCUUUCGCCAAAUCGAUACAGAUGGAAAUGACGUAAUAUCUUGGCUUGAAUUACUGGAAGAAGUCAUGUGCCAGCAAAAAUCAAAGACAGAAACAUCGUUUAACAAGUACAUUAUGAUAGAUAACGAAGCCCCAAACUCUACAGUUGUUCAUCAGUAUCCAAUUGCCCAGACAAUCAUCAAAAUGGUAUUUCUUCCGUACGACGACCAAAUAGUCAUGCUUACAGAGAGUGCCCUACAGUUCUGGGACAUAAAUACAUGUCAAAGAGCGAAAAUUUUCACAGAUAACUGUAUCUUCGUUGAUUUCGAUUAUAUCAAGAUGAUGGGCAUAAUAGUCAUAGCCAGAAACGACAGAAAAAUCAUAUUCUACGAUAUAAGGAAAGCCCAAAAAACGAAUAUUAUUUUAUCUCCUUGUUUAGACAGCUCAAUCAUCCCUGGACUGUCGGCAUACGAGAGCAAAGUCACUCUAAAAGAGCUCAAACAGACAAAAAUCCCUCCAUUGUACAAUUCUCCCUCUGCUGUUUGUUCAAUUCCAGAAUUCAAAGGAUUUUUGGUCGGAAACGAUACAGGACAAGUUGAAGCGUUUGAGUUUACACUUUCUACAUCAGCUAUUUUGGAUUUUGGCUGUCAGAGAAUUGCGAAAAUCAAAAUUCACACGAAAAACAUUACUAGGAUCACUUACAGCAAAGCUAUGGACACGUAUGUGUCUUCAUCGUAUGACGGAAGCAUUUCUUUGUUCUCUUUCAAUCCGAAACAAAGAGAUUUUAAUUUGAAGCAAUUAAUCAAGGAUCCGAAAGGAUUUCCGAUAAAUACGUUCGUAAUUGAUGAUAGGACAAGCGAAAUCAUCUACGCAACGCCGACUCAUUACAUCGGAGCCUUUCAUGCCUUCCAACCUUAUAUCCACAUCACGGAGACGCCAUCUCAGCUUGUUUCCUCGAUGUGCGUGAUCAGUACUCACUUCUCGUCGUUUUUGUUUACGAUUUCUGUGAAUAAUUUCGUAAGUGUUUACGCAACUCCCACAUUUGAGCUGAUAACCUCAUAUUUCCUUGAAAAGCACCAUCAGAAAUGUCCACCGACAUCAUCCUUGUACAUCGGAGGCCGUAUUUUCAUGGGUGGAGCGUAUUUAUCUCGAUGGGCCUGCCAAACAAGCGACAGCGGAACAUUUAAGCCACACAGCGACAUCAUUACAGGUCUAAGCGUAAGCCAGACCCUCCAAAACGUCAUCUCCUGCGACGCAAGAGGCACAGUAAUGUUCUGGUCCUUCCAUUCAGGUUCCAAGGCUCUCAAUUUUGAAUGUGGCUCAGAAAAAGGAAACGUGACAGUUAUGGUCACCGACCAAAAUGCACGCAGAUUGAUAUUUGGGUUCAGUAAUGGCCAACUUAAAACCGCUUCCAUUACAACCGGUUCAAUUUUGUAUGACACGACGAUAAAAAAUUGUGGGUCGAUUUCAUUUAUUAUCCAAGGACCUUUAAACAACAUCAAAUAUAUUGUUUGCGAGUGUGGACGUGGUCAAAUUGUCUUGUUUGAAGAUCUUCCCGGAAAUAAGAUGAAAUUAGUCAGAAUCAUCAAUGCCCACACCGAGCAGAUAUCAUCUGUCAUCAUGAUCAAGUCGACUCUCAUCCUUUCCCUCGGCAGCGACAAAGAAAUGUUCUCAUGGACUCCGAAAUCCGUUGUUCCUCACGUGAAAUACGUCGUUGACUCCCCUACAUGUGCAUGCGACCUCGAACUGAGUGAGGAUUCCUUUGUUGUCGGUGACAUAAAGGGAAAUAUCCACUUUUAUAACAUAUCUUCACCGAAUUGUAUCAAAACUAUUGUUCCUUUCACUUGCAAGAGGCGGUUCUCCAUCACAUGCAUCACCUCCGAUGACAACAAAGUCGCUGUUGGCAAUUCUGGAGGUUAUAUUUCCUUAUUAAAGCUGAAAAACGACACGAUCAGUACUUUGUUCGAACACAGAUGUAAUGUUGAGAGUGUUCUUUACCUCAGCAUCUCCAGGAAGUACAGAACAGUCAUUACAAGCGGUGAUGAACAGGAUAUAAAGUUAUUCUCAUUCGACGGACCGUUUAUUGGACAAAUCGGGUUCAACAGGCACUUCGACGUGAGUGAUUCCAAAUCGUGGGCAGAGAAUUGUCCGCUGGAAUUCGAUCCUGAUGAUUUUGUCGAAAAAAAUCCAGAAAAUUCAGAAAAUUCCGAAGAAAAAGAAACAAAAACUGAUGAAGAAAUGAUCAGUGAAGAGACAAAAGCUGUUGUUGAAGACAGCGAUGAUGACUACCAGCCAGUUACUUUCUCUGCAAUUAAUUUCGGAGAGAUGACUUCUGUUUUGGAUUCAAUCGACGAAGUCUACAAAUCAGGGAAUGACGCAGCGAACUUCGCGAGGAAGUCCCUCAGAAUAGAGAAGAAAGAUGAAGAAAAGAGAUCAUCAAGUCUGAUGACAUUCGACUCUUUCUUCUCUGAUAACCACGCUGAGUCAAACUACCACAGAAUUGAGGCUUUGAUGGGAAAGAAACAGAACAUUCCUAAAUUUCUCUCUCCGUCAAAGAAAAAGAAACUUCCUAUUUAA